UUUAAUUAUGUAAUUGUAGUGUUGGAAUAGCAAGGAUGAAAAAUAUUGUAACUGCAGUUUUAUUACUUCUAUCGAUUUAUAAAAUAUCAUGCGAAACUUUGAAGAAUGAAUGUCCUGAAAUGGAAAAAUUUCCUUCUUGUACUUGUGAAAAAGUUUUACUUCAUGGCUUAAAAUUUGUUUGCAAUGAAUUUUUAAAUAUAGCUUAUAUGAAAACAGAAUUACGAGAACUAGAUGGAAAAUUUAACAUUUAUUUUUUAGAAAUAUGGAAUAGUGUACUUAACUAUCUUCCAACAUCUUUAUUCAGAUGGGUUCAAAUGAAGCAAUUAAAAAUAUUUGAUAGUAUUAUAAUGGGCUUAGAAGACGAAGUAGCGAAUGUACCGGAAGAAAAACUCGAAAGGUUAACAUUUAAUAAUACUGAGGGAGUAGAUAGCUGGAGAUGGUCUAGCCUUUCUUCACUUCAGAAUCUAUGGUCUAUAGAAAUAAGAAAUUCGGAUUUUAGCUCUGUUAACGAAGAUUUUGCAUUGAUUUCUCCAAUAAAAUUAGCUCUUAUUGAUCUCAGUAACAAUAAUAUCGAUUUUAUUGACGAAUAUGCUUUUUCUCCUUUUAAAAAACUUUACGAUAUUACGUUAAAUAACAACAAAAUUAAUAAGAUUAGUAGAACAAUGUUUCCUAACCCUGCAAACUUUUUAAAAACAUUAAAAAUAAGUGAUAAUAAAAUACAAACCUUUCCAAAUGAUAUAUUUGUAAAUAUGCCAGUAUUAGAAGAAGUAGUGCUAAAUAAUAACAAUGUAAAAAUUUUAGAUAUGAAAACUUUCCUUCCAUUAAUGAAUAGAAAAAUUAAGAUCAAGAUAGAAAAUAACGACAUAUAUUGCUGUUCUUAUUUAUCGUGGAUGAUUGAGAACAAAUCCAAGAUAAAAUUUACUGGUGAAUGCAAGAGACCAAGUCACCUUUCUGGAAAACGAAUUGAAAAAUUAACUAUUUCGGAGUUUGAUAAUGCAGAAUGCUAAUUGAAAAUUUUAAAAUAUAUUAUUAAUUUAGUAUUUUUUAAUCACUGUCUCUGUAAUUAUAAAUUAACUUAUACAUAAAUUCCUAUUCUGUAUAACAGAAAUCAAGAUAGGUUUUAACUAACUUUUUUUUUUUCGAUAUAAAAAUGCAACUAGCAAACUAAACAAUAAUAAUAAAUAC